AUGGCACAGCAAACUAAAAAGCUUCUGCGUACAAUAAAACAGAAUGUAUCUUCAAAAGAGCAUAUUUCCACGAACGAUGUUACACCUUCGAUUAAAAAAGAAUCCAAACCACGUCAUCAUUUGGUACUGCCUAUUACCCCAAGUAAUAACUAUCAGCAAAGUGCAGCUGAAAGUUAUAUUCUCUCCCGUUCACAAAUGUUAAACAGUUCGCCUGACUCACAGGAUUCUUCGCCCGAAACUCCUAUAUCUAAUGCCACUUCAAUUUCGACUAUACUUUGCAUGCCAAUGACUCAUACAGAACGUAUGCAGAAUUGGCAUCAACAACAAACUAAUAAUUUGUAUAAAAAGCAAAAACAUCGAUAUAUGUAUGGGCCACCACCAACGUCACCCUCAUCAAAUUAUUCAACAGUUUUCAACAAGUCGAUGUCACUUCAAUUUCCGUUUACAACCAGUAAAACGAAAAAAUAA